AUGUACGGCAAGUUGAUGGUACUCCUGUGCGCGGCGGGCAUCGCCACCGCCAGUAGCCAAGUCGCGGUCACUGGAUAUUCUGCGGCCCCCGCACUCUCUUCUGUUUCCUACGCGUCACAGCCACGAGUUGUGUCUACGUACGGCCCCGUCGCUUCAUAUCCCGGAUCAAGCGCCCUUUCAAGGGCAUACACCGGUCCUGCCGUCACGACUUACUCUACGGCACCAGCUGGGAGAACGGUGACUAGUGCUCCCCAGUAUUCCGCUGCUUAUACCACUGCUCCAGUUGCGUACUCCACUCAAUCGUACAGUGCUGUGCCUUCGGUAGCUAGAAGCAGCGUGCCUGCAGUGUCUUACUCGUACUCGACCCCUGCUGCCAUACCUUAUUCUGGAACUUCCGGAUAUACCGUAGCUGCGCCAUACUCUGCCCAGCCAUACUCUGUUCCAGCAUACGCUACUGUUCCAGCAUACAGUACAGUACAGGCUUAUUCUGGUGCUGCAUCUUACCCCAGUGGUUAUUCUACUGUCAUCCCAGGAUACUCUGGUUAUCCAUCUCCAGCGCAGUACUCAUCUGCACCAGCCGUGUCUCAAGUAAGCUACAGAGGUUCAGACGGCAGCUAUUCUUAUUAA